CAGGAGGAAGAGUCGCCGCCGGUGGCGGCCGCCCGAGAGGCAGGGCCAGGGUGUUCCAAGCAGCGGCAGCAACAAAGGCAUCUUCCCUUUCCCUCCCGCCCCUGCUCCCCUCUUGCUAGGGCCAGCCAUGGAAGAUGGAUCUUCGUCGGCCAGCUGCUUCAGACGGUUUACCGAGUGCUUCUUGAGCGCAAGUUUGACAGAUGAAAAAGUGAAGGCCUAUCUUUCUCUUCACCCCCAGGUACUGGAUGAAUUUGUAUCAGAGAGUGUCAGUGCUGAAACAGUGGAAAAAUGGCUAAAAAGGAAACACAAUAUAGAGGAAGAUGAUUCAACUCCUAAGCAUGUCAGCAGGUACCAGAAUUCUGAUAUGCAAGGAAUGGUGUACGAACUGAACAGCCAUAUAGAGAAGCGGUUGGAUAUAGGAGGGAACCACCAACUGCUCUUGUAUGAAUUGAGCGCCAUCAUUCGAGUGGCUACAAAGGCUGAUGGGUUUGCACUGUAUUUCCUGGGAGAAUGCAAUAAUAGUCUUUGUAUGUUCACACCACCAAGAAUAAAGGAUGGACAACCAGAGCUUGUUCCUGUAGGACCAGUUAAACUCGGCACCACAGUAUCUGCUCAUGUAGCCAAAUCUAGGAAAACACUAUUAGUAGAAGAUAUUUUGGGGGAUGAACGGUUUCCCAAAGGAACAGGACUGGAAUCAGGGACUCGUAUCAAGUCUGUGCUUUGUUUGCCAAUUGUUACUGUACUUGGUGAUCUGGUUGGUAUCCUGGAGCUUUAUCGAAACUGGGGUAAUGAAAUUUUCCAUCUCAGUCAUCAAGAGGUUGCGGCAGCAAAUCUUGCAUGGGCCUCUGUAGCAAUGCAUCAAGUAGAGGUAUCCAGGGGUUUGGCCAAACAGACUGAACUGAAUGACUUCCUGCUUGACGUAUCAAAAACUUACUUUGAUAACAUAGUUGCAAUAGAUUCUCUACUUGAAAAUAUAAUGAUAUAUGCAAAAAACCUGGUGAAUGCAGAUCGCUGUGCACUCUUCCAGGUAGAUCAGAAGAACAAUGAGUUGUAUUCAGACCUGUUUGAUAUUGGGGAAGAACAUGAAGGGAAGCCUGUCUUCAAGAAGACCAAAGAAAUAAGAUUUUCUAUUGAAAAAGGAAUAGCUGGUCAGGUAGCAAGAACUGGUGAAGUCCUCAAUAUACCUGAUGCCUACGCAGACCCACGUUUUAACAGGGAGGUAGAUCUCUACACAGGCUACACAACAAGGAACAUUUUAUGCAUGCCUAUUGUGAGUCGAGGAAGUGUCAUAGGUGUCGUGCAGAUGGUGAACAAACUAAGUGGAAGUGCCUUUUCUAAAACUGAUGAGAACAAUUUUAAAAUGUUUGCAGUCUUUUGUGCUUUAGCAUUACACUGUGCUAAUAUGUAUCACAGAAUUCGCCAUUCAGAAUGUAUAUAUCGUGUAACUAUGGAGAAGCUUUCGUAUCAUACUGUUUGUACAGCAGAAGAAUGGAAAAAUCUAAUGGAUUGCAAACUCCCACCCCAAGUCUGCAAAGAAAUUGACCUAUUCCACUUUGACAUUAGUCCUUAUGAAGAUUUUUGGCCAGCAAUUUUUAUCUAUAUGAUCCAUCAGUGUUGUGGAAUAGGCUGUUUUGAUCUAGAAAAACUAUGUCGUUUCACAAUGUCUGUAAAGAAGAACUACCGCCGGGUGCCCUAUCACAAUUGGAAACAUGCCAUCACAGUUGUACAUUGCAUGUAUGCUAUUCUUCAGCACAACCACAGGAUUUUCACAGACAUAGAACGAAGGGGUCUUCUUGUUGCCUGUUUAUGUCAUGACCUGGAUCACAGGGGUUAUAGCAACAGCUAUCUUCAGAAAUUUGAUCAUCCCUUGGCAGCUCUUUAUUCCACCUCAACCAUGGAACAGCACCAUUUUUCACAGACAGUAUCUAUACUGCAGCUGGAAGGCCACAAUAUUUUCUCUAAUUUGAACUCCAGUGAGUAUGAACAGGUCUUGGAAAUUAUCCGCAAAGCCAUUAUUGCUACAGACCUUGCUCUGUAUUUUGGAAACCGAAAACAGCUGGAAGAGCUGCAACAGACAAGAUCACUGAAUCUUAAAAACCAAGCACAUAGGGAUCGCGUGAUUGGCUUGAUGAUGACAGCUUGUGACUUGUGUUCUGUGACAAAAUUAUGGCAUGUUACCAGACUGACCGCCAGUGAUAUAUACGCAGAGUUUUGGGCUGAGGGUGAUGAAAUGAAGAAGUUAGGAAUUCAACCUAUACCUAUGAUGGACAGAGAUAAGAAAGAUGAAGUUCCUCAGGGCCAGAUUGGGUUCUAUAAUGCUGUAGCCUUGCCGUGCUACACCACACUCACACAGAUCCUCCCUCCCACAGGGCCACUACUUCGAGCAUGCAGGGAAAAUCUCAAACAAUGGGAAAAAGUGAUACGAGGGGAAGAAGCUUAUGGAUGGAUACCCACUGAGUCCAGUAGUUCUGACUCAGGCUCUUUUCCUGUGAAGAUUGAUGACUGAUCCACCUUUAUUUAAGGCUCCCACCCAAUUUUUAGCUCUUUAAAAGGAUAAACCACCCUGCAAAUACAAACAGGGAAGGCUGAGUGCAAAUUUCUUUUCCUCGGUGAUAACAGUGUGAACACAAGUUUGAGUGAUAAUUCAACUAUCAAAGCAAAAGUUGGCUUGUAAAUAUAAAAGACUGGCUUUUUUAUAGGCUAUUUUGCUGAGGCCUUAAUUUCAAGAUGAUUGGACUGGGAGGGCUAACCUAGGGUUGCUUUUAAAUUGUGUCUUUGCGGUAAGGAGGUUUCACUGGUACUUUUGCUUACUAUUACACAAUACUGUGAUUGGCUUUAAUACCAGGCUCACCUGGGGAAGUCUAGGCUAUAAAUAGGACAUUGCCACACUAAUAUGGUACAUGUUUUUGUUUGAUCUUUGAACUCCAGAAGAAAAUCUCUGGGGCAGAAACUAUCACUGAGUUUACAGUACUUGAAUUUAUCUUGCUCCAGUGGGAGGUUUAACUUCCAGAUACUAGUCUCCAAAAGUUAUUUGAUUAGCAUCAUAAAGCAACUACUCUAUUGCACACAUUAGUCAUUGGGGAGAAAAUAUCAGUGUUUCUUUAGUGAUUUUAUAAUUUAGGGAAAGUGUCUAUUUCUACACUGGAUAUAGUAGAAUAUUUACUUCUGGUUGUAAGUGUCCUGUCAGGUACCUGAAGACAUUCUUUUCAACCCUAGUAACAGCAAUGGGUUGAAUUUCAAAUGUGGUAGCAAAAAUCUGUCAGGAAAAGCCAGUCAUUUUUAAAACAGAUAUUAGAGAUGGAUGCCUCCAAAUCCCAGCUAGUUUACAAAAAAUAGGACCUUCCAGGCAUAGUCAUAAUUUCUAGAAGUCAUAAUGGUACUUACUUGUUCUUAGUAGCUUCUGUGUUGCUCGCUAGUACUGGGUGGGUUCUUUUCUGCCUUUCCCUUUGAAUCUCCAUUUACCUGAUAACCUUAAAAAAAGAAGAAGUCUAGUCUUGUAAACUGUUGCCUGUGGAACAAGAAAGCUGAUUUGUAAACCAUUGCACUUACAUACUGUGAAUGAAGUCUGUAUUGAUUUUGGCCCCAAUUCUGCACAUAAUUGCAUUAUGUGAUAUAUUUCCAUAUGUGUUAGGCUGUACAUGCUUUGAAAAUGUGAAGAAAGAAAGAAAUGUUUUAAGCCUUACAUGAGCACAGUACCUCUACUAUUCAUUAGAAUAGUUCUUCUUUUUCAGGCU